GUGUACGAAAUUAUAUAUACGCUGCAGUGGUGUACUACGUAGUAACGUAUAGUAUACGAGACGGGCGCUGCUGCCGAGGGUAGUGCAAUAUUGGCGCGCAUGCCUUGCACAAUGACGUUUCAAAACAACAAAGCUACUCGCUGAUAUUUACUGACUGCCUUCUGAUUGCUGUGCUGUGUCAAGAGUGUUGUGUGUUAUUUUUCCUCGUUGGCUAUAUAUAUGAUAUCAUCGUCGCAGCAUAGGCCUCCCGAGCUGUAUAGAGCGCGCGACUCAUGGAGAUAGAUCUCUCUAUACGCAUCUGCCCAUCUUCGUCGUGCAAAAGCAGCAGCAGCGGCGGCAGACUGACGCAGAUUCUCGUGGACCUCGUGGCCCUCUGCUGUAGUGUAUAUCUCCUAAUAGUGCUUUAGCCGUUGACUGGCUGUGCCCUCGUGCAUUUUAUUAUAUACAUAACAUACGAACGUCAAUUUGUGCCGUGUGCGUGCGUGUGUGAUUUGUGCAGUGUGCAUACUACAUAUACGACACGUUUGACUCAUCGAGAGAAGUGCCUAGAGAGACAAUAAUAAACGUUCUGUUAUACACAGCUCGAUAAUAUAUCGCCACAACGAGCUUGAAACGCAGUUGUGGUCUGCACGAGCGCUAGCGCGGGUGAGGCCGCAAAAAUCUCUUUGCUUUUAACACGCGCGCAUAUUGCGUUGGUGCAUGCAUGCUGCACAUGCGAGCAUGACUCCACCCCUCGCGCGUACUAUCGUAAGGUGGUAAAUAAACACAGAGAAUGUGCAGUCUGGCGCGCGCGUGACUGCCGUAGUACAACUACUACCCUACAUGUGCUGUUGUUUGGCCGUUGUCCGGCCAAUGUCCAGCUAGCUCGAAUGCGAGUGUCGAGCGCUUACGCACGCCAUGUCCAACGACGCGACGUCGACGUCCGCCGUCCUCGUGGACGAACAUCGUCGUCAGCCGAUGCAGCAACAUCUUGACGUCGACAAGUGCAUCGCGGCGAGGUUAUGGUACACGUCCACCGUCGCCCUGGGACUCGUGAGCGAUCUGCACCACAACGCCUCGUGGUCCAGCGAGGACCUCCUGCGUUCCAACGGACUCAUCGAUGCUAAUCUAAAUGCGACUGACGAUACGGAGCAAUGCGAGUGGAUCGCCAAUGUUGUGUCGCUUUGCUUGGACAAGCGUAACGCUGCCAAGGCGAAAGAAAAUUUGGGAUUCGCGCAGUUCAAAUUGAACUUGACACUGAUUAGAAACGAUCGCUCACAAGUCGUUGAGAAAGAAUUGUUACAAUUGUUUGAAGAUAUUCUCAAAGUGAGACGCAGUGAAAAAAUAUGUACAAACAAUAUAUCGAGUGAGUCAUCUCAAUAUUUAGAAAAUAGUUUGUGCACAACACCGGCAUUGACAAGUUGGCUCAUCAAUGAAUUGUUACAAAUAUGGCCUACUUCAGACUUUCCUAGUGAUACUGUUAUCCAGGAUCUUUAUUUGAAUGUACUCAAAGUACUCACUGCUAAGGAUAAUCUCAACAAGAAUCUAGGUGUACUUUUAUGCUUAUUAUCAAAAUUAAAUCUCUCAGAAGUCAAAGAAAAAGAGUUAGUGAAAUGGCUUUAUCCAUGUCUACUUGAACUACGUGACUCUGAACAAAUAGAAUUAGCUCUAUAUUCUAGAAAAAAUAUGACUUUAUUAGAGGAAUGGCACAAAUUUCUUGACAUUACUAACUUGAGAAUGUUACCAUUAAAUAGUUUAGAAAAUGCUCAAAAAGUAAGCUAUCUAUUAUCAAGUGCAGAUGGUAAUGAUUCAAACAAUCCAAAUCUGAAUGCAAAGGAGCUUACGUUCCGAACAAUUACAAGAGGUGUCCACUGGCUUCUAGACAUAUUGGAUACGUGCUUGACACUACUUGAGAAUGGCGACUAUGAGAAAACUUCUAGGAUUCUAUCCUGUCCACAGUUGGGAACCCUCUGGCCUUCCUUACUUCUGCACUUUCUACAUAAUUUGUCUAAUCCACAAGUCACUGCCCAAUCAGAAGCAUGGUCAAAAGAGCAAAGAAUUUGCGAAUCCUUCAAGUUUUUGCUAAAUAAGUGUUGUUACAGUCAAUAUGAAAACGACGAACCAGUUUUGAUGAAUCUGAAUGCACGUCUGAAUAGCGAUUUCUCGGUCGUCAAAUGGAUUCUCGCUUACCGUCAGCAGCACCAAUCGAUUUCCGUCGAUCAGAAUCUAUCGAUUAAAUCGAUAUUUGCCUGUCUGCAGGACUACUGCAUCUUGACAGUCAUGAAGCGCAGCAUUAACAUUCACGAGUGCGCGACUUCGGAUCUUCAACCUCUGCUCAAAGAUCGCCCGGACGAGAAGCGAGUUUUCAAUUCAUACAAGGCCAUGCAAGCCGCGCUCAAAGCCAUCCUAACCGAUCAUUCCAACGCGAAAUUUAGCACUGCCAGUGACGACGCUCGUAAUUAUUACGUCGAGUGUGAAUCCCUCGUUAAUGGAAUCUAUCCGCUUUCGACGCGAAUCGAAGUGAUCGAGAACAUAUUCUCAAUGCUGUUCCUACGAUACGACUCGCAUUUCGAAUUCCACGAGGGAAAUUCUGAAGAAGACUACUGCCCCGAGACUACGCUCGAUGGUACGGGAAAGGAGAGCUCGGCUCACGAGACUCGCGACGAAGCUCCGAAACCCCUCUACGGCUUCGUGUGCAACAAGCACAGCGUGAAAAGGCUUGCAAAACACUUGAAACUCUGUGUGAUGCAAACGAGCGUGGAGUUUGCCAAAUUACAGCGAGAGCUCGAUGCUCAAGAUUUCGAAUCAAUCAAAAAGAGCAUAAGCUCAUUGGACAGUGCAUUAGCCGAUUUGUUUUGGCGUUUGGAAUUACUCACGAGUUCCGAAUUCGUCGAGAGCAACGAUGUAGACGAGGUAGACACCCCAAUGACGAUCGAUGAAAACGAGACUCACGCUCUCAUCGAGAAGUCAAGUCCGUCGACGAGAUUACGCAGCAAGUCGUUGUUCUACAAUCGGCGGAAUUACAGCUCUUCCGAGGAGUUGGAUCAAGAGACGAGACUGAAGGUCGACACCGACUUUUCUUCGGAAACAGGCUCGACCGACGCCAGUACGAAGCGUCGCAAGAAGCACAAGAGUCAUCUGGCCGCCUCGUCAGAAAAUUUAACAGCGGCUAAAAAUCACAAUUCGCGAUACAUCAUCAAUCUCAUGCUGGCAUCGAAAGAGAGUUUGGCCCUGCAAUGCCUCUGGAAGGCAGACUACGUCAGAGCUCAACAAGUCAUAUCGAUGUCUGGCCUGAAGAAUUCAACCAUUGACGGUCACGUUCGAUUUUCCAAGGCUAUGCAAAACUUCCGUAAUGAAAUUACGAAACAAUUGAAUACCAGCGACGCAUUAGACUCUACUGCCAAAAGCAAAGAAAUUCAAUUGUUGGAGAAUGUUCGACGCGCAGCUCAAGGUGGUUAUCAAACUUCACGUCUGACUAAUCAAAUCGAAACUUUCAUUGCCUCGCAAGAAUCUACCGCUCGUCUUUUAAAUAGCGAUCAGACCGGAGCUCGAGAAAUUUUAACGUUUUGCGCUCUGGAUCUUGCUUUAACCACCCGUCAAUCUUCCACGAGUUUGCUCGAGGUCGCUAUGAAGUACUUGAAAGGUUCACAAAAAUUGGACAACACGCGCCAUUCUGAUUUCUUUAACGAUGUUUACCGACUUGUUCGUGAAACAAAACUGACCAAGACCGUGCCCGAACUUCUGUUGGAUGCCACUUUACCCUUGAACUUGGCCGAGUGGAAGGAAAAAUCGAAAUUUUGGAAACAACUUUCUGACAAAAUUGCAAAGUUUCAAGAAACGCAAUUCGUACUCGACGCGGCGGUGGAGAAAAAUGACAAAGGUGAUUGUAUGCUCGCGGGUCAAAAAAUAUUCCAGGAAAUCGUCGACAUGUGUGCCGGCGACUAUAAUUACCUUAAAAAAAUUAUGUUCCAUUUGACGGUUCUGCAAUCGAUUGUUCCUAAUGACGAACGUAGCGCAAUAAGUACUGAAACGGCUCUUUUGAGCCAGACUGUGGACUCAUACUUAGGACAUCAAAUAUUCGAUUUGAAUGUCGCUCCUGAAAGUCUAGAAAAAAUUGCUAAUAAGCUUGGAGUUCAUUUAGUUCAUAAUGUAUUAGUUAAUUGCUGCCCAAAACUCACUUAUAACGACUCGUUAUGCUCCGUCAAAAGUGACUCGUGGGGUAGUAUAAUUUUAAACAAAAAUAGUUCCUCUAGAAACUCUGAAAGCCAGGAUAAAAAUCAGGACCCGAAUCAAUGCGUCGUUGACAUUUUAUCGGAGCUCCUUCAAACCAUCAAACGAUUGUACCCUGAUUGUCCUCGAGUAUCAAGCAAGGAUAUGGUCGAUUUAUGCAAGGACAACGAGAUUUUACAAAUUUUAGAUAAAACUUGUUGUUUUGAAACCUUAGAUUUAAGUGAAUUGUCAGUUGGCGAUCACACUGUAGCAUUUUUCCUGAAUCUUUGGAAUUUACUAUUUUUACACGCACUACUUACUGUUUGGGUGUCCGAUCUGCCAAUCAAUUCGUUGAGACAUUUCGUAUCUUUGUCUUCAAUUAAUUAUUUGAUUGGAGAUUUAGGGCGUAUCUCAUUGGCAACUUUGAGAUCGAAAUUGCUGGGUUCGAUGUCAUGGGAGCCAGAAUAUUUUUCCAAAACCGACGAUAUCAAUGAAGUGGCCUGGCAAGACUUGGAUCUCGUUCACGAUCCUCGAGUUAUUUUUGCCAUGACUAAUGAAUUCCAUGAAUCACCGGCUAUUCGCAUUUAUCAUCCUGAUACGCUAAACAAGGAUUUAAAUCAAGCUCUGAGCGAUUACCUUGAGAUAUAUUGUAAAAAAGAUUCAGAAUACAACGAAGCAUCAAGAGAAGGAAAGCGCCUGUACAAAUUUCCUGAAAUCGUCGAACGCUACGAAAAGUUUAUGGAGAUUAAUGUAUCGAAUGUUGAUUACAGCAAUAUGAUCAUCAAUCAGUCUAAUCAUAACACAUCUCUUAUACAAAACUACUUUAGUAAAUCUGAUAAGGUGAUGCGUGAAUAUCAACCUGUUACCGUAUCCUACGAAGUCGUUGUUCAUUACGAUAAACUAUCACCUCCAAAGAUCGAAUCGAGCAUGAAACGCAGCACAACCUCGAGCUAUUACAACUUAAUGUCAUGGAGUUCAAGAUCGAUAAAACCGACAGUUCUGUCAUACCUGGAAGAUCAUUGCUGGUUAUUAUCGUAUCUGGUAAAAAAAAUUCACAAAGACAUAUCGGCAUCGAUUAGUGACAGUAGCUGCGACAAUGCUCAGCGAACUAAUUGUUUUGAAAAUCAUACUAACGCUUCGUGGGUAACUACAUUAGCUAAUGCCUUAUUUGAUUGCAACCCAACUCUUGCUAGCAUACAAGAAAAUAUAUGUCUGAACGAUCUUUGGGAAUAUUGGGAAAGAUGUAUUAAAGACGAUAGAAUUGCCAACUGUCUUGAAGUUAUCAAUGCUUUACCUCCCAGACUACUUUAUAAAUAUACUGAAGUACAAUGUUUAAAGGAUAAAUUACUCUACCAGUUGAUUCAUUCUAUGGACAGCAUAGAUGCUAAAUUAAUUAAGCAAUAUAUUCAUCAGAUUAAAGAUGUUAACGUUUUAGCCCAGACUAUUUUAUUCAACAUGGACAAGUGGCCGGUUCACUUAUGCCAAGAUGCUCUACAUCAUGUGAUCGACCAUAGAAACAAACAUAAACUGCCGUCACAUUGUCGCUUCCGAUUGAAUGAAACAUUGUGUCGAGUCACAGUCUUUUACAAAAUGUUGCCUUUUUGCAAAGGCAAAGAACUCGAUUCCCAGGAGGCAACUUGGCACGACGUUGUAUAUUGUACGGAAAAAUCUGACCCAGGUUGCAUAGUACAUUCUUUGAUCGAAGCUGAGAGAUACGAAUUAUGUCUUGAAUGGUUGGAGUAUCAGGCAUUUCCAGUAGAGAUGCAGCCUCUGGUAACUCAAGAUUUAUUGAUUGGGUUAUUAAUAAAUGACGAUAAUAAUUUUGAAAAUGCUCGUAAGUUGUUAUCUUCAUUACCGGUGAAACAAUCCUUGAGAAUUUGCAAAGCAUCUCUAAAGAAACUUCUUUCGAUGAGAGCAAUGAAAUUUUUAUCCGACUGGUUGCUCGAAAAUUGCGAAGAGCAUCAUAAAAAUUCCAACUGUAGACUUCGGUUGGGAGUGGAGAUGCUCUCUCAAGUCUUAUCCAGAGACCGCCCGCAUUAUCUUUAUUUGAUUAAAGAACCUCUGCUCCUCAUGGAGCAGCUUUUGAUGAACUGCAAAUUCGAAUGUCUUAGUAAGAUAAUGGAUGUGAUAGAAAAAUUCAGAAAUGCGAAGAGAGUCGAUUUUCCAGUUGACAUCUUCGACAGAAUCGUACGAUUUUACGCGGCCAAGUCUUUGGAUUUUAGAGUAUCGACUCAUCGCGACGGUUUGGAUUUCAAAUCUAAAGAUUCAAAUGCCUGGACGAUAUCGAUAGACAAUGACAGUCGAAGUGGCGAAUUCAUAAUGCCGGCCACUGUACCAACCAAAGAGGAAUGGGUCUCCAACAUGAAAGUUCGGAAGUGUAUGUGCUGCCUAGCGGUUACUUUUUCCAUGUUCAAUCGACGUCACCAUUGUCGACGCUGCGGUCGUGUCGUCUGUGCCUCGUGCUCGCAGCAACGUAUGCAGGUUCAAGGCUAUCCCAAAUCGGUGCUCGUGCGUGUCUGUGACGAUUGUAAGCAUCAAACGGUUCUCAUGCAGUCUCAAGGUUCGAGCUCAGCGGCUAGCAGUGUAGUCCUCGAAUGCUGGAGACUCAGCAAGGAUGACGCUCACAAUCGAACUGUUCGAGAGGAAUUCUCGUUCGAGCACGCGCCAAACGUAUCGCUUUGCUUGGCUAUUCUUAGUUUGCAUUCCGAUCACAAGGCCUACGUGAGCUUUCUAUUGGACCGAUGCGAUGAAAUGAAAAAGCUGCUGCAACCCGGACCGGGUGGAAGAGUCAACCCGGAAGUCGAUCAUGGCUUACUAAUCAAGAUGAUUCGUUCUCUGCUGGUAGCCGUUAAGGUCAAAUGUGUAAAGCUCGGACUCAAUGCAGGACUCACGCACUGCGAUCGAUUUUUGUCCCAAGUCGAUCUCAUCGCAACUCUCGUGCAAUCGGACUGCUUGGCUUUGAUUCCUACGGACGAAAGCCUGGACGAUCACGCAUUCAGAAAAUUGAGAGACUUGCUCACCGAAAAGGAGCAUUGGACUCUAGCGUUGGACGUCAGUACGAAAACUGGUUUGGAUACUCAGGGUGUCUGGGCUGCUUGGGGCAAAGCUUGUCUGAAGGCUGGCUAUCUCGAUCGAGCUCGGACGAAAUUUUCUCAUUGCAUGGAAAAAGUCCUCAACGAAAAUCUCGACGACUGGGUUAUGUUGGGCUAUCCAGAUACAGAAUUUUCGAGUCGCAGCAGCGAGGAAUCCGUAGAAAUGCAGCAGAGUCAGCGUCCGUUUGACGACGCGAAAAGCUACUCACCGGGUCGCCGUAUCAAACGUCACACGCUCAAAAAUCGACCGACCAAAGAUCCGCCUCUGUUGGUAGAAAUUUUACAAAUUUUAGAAAACCAAAGUCAGCUGAGUCCCGAUCAGCCAGGAUCUCAGCCCAAAUCUGCCACUGCGGCUCAUGAAAUCUUGACGACACUAAACACUUUGAAAGCGGUCAGUCAAGGCCAGUGCUCGUUCGUACACCAUUAUACCUCGCACAAUGUAUACUACGAAGAGAGCCUCCACUAUCUUCUUACUUACGGCAGCUCCUCGUCGAUUUUAGAAUUUUAUGUGAAGCACGAACAGUUCGAAAAAUGCCUCGGCUUCGUCAUGGAAAAUUGUCUUGAACCCGAACUCUUUUUCAAUUCUCUUUAUCUGCGCUGCUUGAACAUGGGACAUACCGAAAAAUUGCUCCACGCCAUGCGUGCUGAUGACGCGAGUUUACUCGCCUGGAAAAAGUAUCUCUGCUACACGUGCCACAAUCUCGAUAAAAAGGGCUAUCUCAAUACUCUGUAUCAUUUGCAGCUGUUUAUGCGCGACUUUAUUCGAGCUGCCAUGACCUGCAUACGAUUUUACAAAAACGAAGCUCGCAAUUACACCGAUCUCUGUGGAAACGUGCACUUCCUUGUCGACGCGCAAAGACAUCUGGAAAGUGAGUUGAGCAUCGAUCAAUUGAGUAUUAAAAAAAGGAGAAAAAGUGUGGGCUCGUCGCACAGCGGCUUGACGAUGGAGAUGGAACCGUCGGAGAUUGACAAGCACAUCAACACGAUCUCCCGACAAUUGGAAAUCGCAAAAUUUUUGGGUAAUUCCGAGAGAGAAGGUCGAUCGGUCGCUCCGUACCUUAAAAUUUUGUAUAGUAUGGAUCAGGUGGAUAACACACAUUCCAUUGAACUUCCAACGUUAUUUGGUAACCAACAUGAAAAGACUAGACUCGCCGUACUCGCUAUUCUCUGUGGACGGGAUACGGAGGAAGGAUUCGGUAUAGCCUUCAGAAUAGUACAAGAUUAUAAUUUAAAACAACACAAGGUAUAUUCUUUGGCGGGCCAUGUGUUAGCGUUAGAGAAAAAAGUCAGCUCGAUCGAACAGCUGAUAAAGUGUUGCCGAAGUUCUGGUGCGCCGGACUCACUAGCUGUCUCUGAUCGUGUUUUAACACAUUGUGUGAAGCAGUUGUUAUCCAAUCAAGCUGAUUCUCAAUCGGACUGUAAAGACAACGUAGAUUCUCUGAUAAAAUUGAUCACCGACGUGGAACUUAAGAUAAGCGCGUACAUCGAAAGCAAGCAGCUGAAAGCAGCCUACCUUCUUGCUGUAAAAAAUCAAAGGGCUUACGAUAUUAGAAGAAUUUUAAAGGAAGCAGAUCGUCUCGGUCAGAACGCUAUUAGAACAAUUUGUACAAAGUGGUUAAAGCAGAAUUCUUUAUGAAAACGAUUAUAAAAUGAUUGUUCAUAAAGGACGUAGUAAAAAUGAGUUGAAUAAAUAUGGGCUUGAUCAAGCUUUUUAUUAUACUCAAAUAGUGUAAGAUACGUUGCUCUUGCACGUUAAAUAAUAAUAAUUAUCAGUUAAUUCAUUUAAGCAAUAAUUGCGAAUAAUAAGUAAAAUUUCUAUUUUAUGAAUGUAUUAAACCACGUUAUUACAAUAUUACAAAUAUAGCAAUGCUCGGUCGUAAAUUAAUUAAUAACAAUUCAAACGACAAUAUUUAUAACUACAAUGAAAUAACAAUUGCUCGAGCGUUACGAGAAUGCCAAACCACACAGUGAUUCAAUGUUAGUGGCACCGUAUAAUUAUAAUCAUUAUUAUUUAUAUUAUCAUUAUACAUAUACCAAAUUUUACUACAGAGAUCUGUGAUACUCAAAUUAUUAAUUAAUCAAUGUUAGUGUUUGUUUAUGUUAAACUUGUACAUUAUUAUGAUAACAAAUAUUUUAAUCAUUUUAAGCUGACUAAAAUGUAUUGAUAAAUAACAAUUUUGACAUUGAUGGAAAAUUGCAAUGAAGAAUUAAAGCAAUAGAUAAAAAUAUUUUCAACUGUCGAAAUUAAAAGUGUAAAUGUUAUUUUUGAAAAUCUCUUCAAAAAGUUAA